AUGAAAUGAAGGGGCGGGCUGUAGUUGCAUUUCCUCCUCACAUCCUUCUACGCUGACCCACCGAUCCCCCGCCGACUAUACACACGCCUCCGGAGCAACAAGCCUCGCUGGGGAAAACGACAUUUAUCUGCUGUUAAGGAGCGAUGGGCAGCCUGUAUAAGGAUGAGCAGGACGACUGGAUCACAGUGUGUCUCAAGUACCUUCUUUUUGUUUUCAACUUCCUGUUCUGGAUGGGCGGUGGGGUGGUAAUGGGGGUUGGGAUCUGGACGCUGGUCGAUAAAGGAGAGUACCUGAGCCUGCUGGCCUCCAGUACAUUCGCCGUGUCCGCCUACAUCCUGAUCCUGGCCGGGGGGCUGGUGAUGGUCACUGGGUUCUUGGGUUGCUGUGCCGUCAUACGUGAGCAGAGGAGCUGUCUGUCCACGUACUUCUCCUGUCUGCUUCUGAUCUUCCUCAUUGAGCUGGUGGCUGGUGUUCUGGCCUAUGUUUAUUACCAGGCGCUGAGUGAAGAGCUGAAGCAGCACUUGAGCAAGACAAUGACAGACAACUAUGCUCAACCUGGAAAAGAAAGCAUCACUCAGUCUGUGGACAGACUACAGCAGGAUUUCAAGUGCUGUGGGAGCAACAACUCUUUUGAUUGGAUGCACAGUGUGUACAUCAUGUCCCAGGCGGCGGAGUCAAGGUUGGUCCCUGACAGCUGCUGUAAGACCAUCACCCCUCAGUGUGGAAAGAGAGACCACCCCUCCAAUAUCUACAAGGUGGAGGGCGGCUGUAUCACUAAACUGGAGCAGUUCCUGGCGGAUCACUUGCUCAUCAUUGGAGCUGUAGGGAUAGGCGUGGCCUGUCUACAGCUAAUAGGAGCAGUGCUGACUGCCUGCUUUAUUUAUCUGCUUUAUAAAGAAGAGGAAGAGGACUUUUCUGACGUUUGAUUGGCUAGUGCCAAUAUUUGACUCCUGAAGCGAUAUGCGUUGAGAAGAUAUGUGGAAUGGUGUUCACCUGUUGCCUACACAGGCGAAUUAAACUGGACCCGUACUGAUGCUCGGAAACGUAUAUGCCUUUCCUGACACUCCAACACACACAUACACGGCCUUACUACUGUGCCCAUUUAAAACUGCAUGACCAAAUGCACUUACAUCAAUAUAAGGGCUUUAUUAUCUUUCAUUUGCCACAUUUUUAGACAAAUGUUGCUAUUGUUGUUGCUGGUAUAUUGCCCUGUGGUCAUUUAGAUGUCAAGGAGGCAGUUAGAAAUGACAUUAAUUUUUUACUUUGAGUAAGUUAUAAUAUCAUAUAUCAAAAUAUAUAUUUAUAUGAAACGCAUAUUUGUUUUGAUUUGCUCAUAUUAAAUGUAUGUAAUGUGCUGCUAUAACUCAAACAGGUGUGGGAACCUCCUUAUGGGCUCAAAAAUACACUGGACCAACAUCAAAAAUGGGUUGAAGUCCAUUUAUUAUUAUAUUUUCCUAAAAAUAUAUAUGUAGCCUGUGGAAAGAUCACUGUUUAGCAAGUUUCAGGUAGUGUAGGUAUUCAUAUUCUGGGGAAAAAAGUCAUUAUUUCCUAAAACAGACUAGAAAGUGUAUGUCUACAGUCAUAUAUAUAUAUAUAUUUGGCCAAACAGGAAGCAAGUGUCUUAUUUUAAAUAUAUGGAUCUGUUCAUUGUAAAUUCUAAAUCAUUUAAUGCAAAUUCUGCCAAUUGUGUCACACUUCAUAUCAGUUACAAACAAAUUAAGGUGCUUUUUGAACCUUAAUGAUAUCCCUCAGAUGGAUUGGCUAUUAUGCUUAGUGGAUUUUGUAGGAGCUUUCAUUGAACUGAUGAACUCCCGGGUGAUUGAAGGAAAAGAAUGAGCAAUAUUCCAUUGCCUUGCAAUACAAAUCACAGCUGCAAAAUCUUAAUGUAGUUGCCACAGCAACAUAAGCCUUAUUGAAAUUCAAUGUCAUUUGGGGGAAAAAAUGGUUAGGAAAAAGAAAAAGAUUUAAUGUAACAUUCUUGUUUUUUUGUUGUUGUACUGAUUAGCAUAUAAUCCAAUUGCUUUAUGCUAAUGACAGUUGCAUAUUUUAAAAUGUCAGUUAAACAUUAGCAAUCUCUCAUCAGGGCUGCAAGAAAGUCUGUAGAUUGUGAUUUAAAAUAUGCAUUUAACCAUUCCAUUAGCUGUACUAAUCUUUUAUUUGAAUACUGUUAUGUGUUUGUAGAUUGGAUGUAUAUUCAUAAUGUUAUAUCACCAUUUGCUCUGAUAACAAUGGGUUGAUUUCAUAAAUUCUUUGCCUUAAGACUAUUGCAUUCUUUUGUGGGCAGUAGAGCUCUAUCUGAAACAACUGUAUGUUUAUUGAAUGUUUUUAAAAAUGUUCUUCUAAUAAACGUAUUUUAUUGACGUA